CCCCUCUCUAUUUUCUUCCGUCGGGAUUGAGCCAUCCGCAUGCGCUUCCCGUUUCCCGUACGACGCUAGGAACUCUCAGCGCAACUCGAAACCCUAAUCAUCAGGCAUGGGGAGCAGCAAUCUUCCUCCCAGAAUCAUCAAGGAAACGCAGAGAUUGCUCAGUGAACCAGCUCCGGGGAUUAGUGCAUCUCCGUCAGAAGAGAACAUGCGCUACUUCAAUGUCAUGAUCCUUGGGCCAGCUCAGUCACCUUACGAAGGAGGUGUUUUUAAGCUUGAGUUGUUCCUUCCUGAAGAAUACCCGAUGGCUGCACCAAAGGUUCGAUUUCUUACAAAAAUCUACCAUCCAAACAUUGACAAGCUUGGACGAAUAUGCCUUGAUAUUCUCAAAGACAAAUGGAGUCCAGCACUACAAAUUCGAACCGUAUUGCUGAGCAUUCAAGCACUAUUAAGCGCUCCCAACCCAGAUGAUCCACUAUCUGAGAAUAUUGCUAAGCAUUGGAAGACAAAUGAAGCUGAAGCUGUAGAAACAGCAAAAGAAUGGACUCGCCUCUUUGCUACUGGAGCAUAAUUAUCUGGCGGCUGAAUUUUGAGGCCCAAAUAUGUUAUGAUGUAACGGAACAAUUUCUUGGAUCACCCAUGUUAGUUGAUAAUGGACUUACGUACUAAGGUACUGGAGUAAUUAGAACAUCGUCGAUCAUGAUAAUGAUGGCUCACUCGUGCUUGCCAAA